UCAAUAUGGUCUUCACUUAUGUUUAUGCUGGAUGGGAAGGGGUAGCACAUGAUGCACGCGUUCUAACUGAGAUUGCAUCUAAUCCAGAUAAUGGCUUUCCAUUUCCACCACCUAAUAAAUACUAUCUAUGUGAUGCGGCAUAUCCUAAUACUCGAGGAUUUCUAGCACCGUAUCAUAAUAUUCGAUAUUGGUUAGGAGAUUAUCAUCGUAGGCGUGCCAUAACGAAGGAGGAAAAUUUUAAUCAUGCUCAUGCACAACUUAGAAACGUUAUCGAACGUUCCUAUGGAGUACUGAAAGCAAGAUUUCCUAUAUUGGACAAGAUGGCUCCAUAUCCUAUUAAUAUCCUAAGAGAUGUUGUUAUUGCAUGUUUUGCCGUUAAUAAUUUUAUCAGGAAGGAGCGCAUCAAUGAUGACUUGUUUAAUCAUUUUGAUACGCCUCAAGUGAUAUUUGAUGAAGAAGGACAACAAGAAGAAGCAUUAGAUGAAACAAAUGGAGCUAGUUGGACAGUUGAAGAUUCUCAGAUAAUGACUGAUAUGAGGGAGCAACUUGCACUCCAACUAAUGCAAAGAAGAUGAAAUACUUGAGAGUUCUAUAUUUUAGUUAUUUGAAUUUUUUUUCCAGUGUUGGAGUGUUACAAUUUGAUGAUUGUUAGUUAAUUAUUCAAAUACU